UCAAAUUGUGAUUAUCUCGAAUACCGCUUUUCGGAACAAUAAUUUAUAUUUUGGACCAACAUUAGUGUAUUUGUCUUGGUAGAAAUCGAAAUAUAUUAAACAGUGCGUAAACAUGAGUUCUAUCGGAACUGGCUAUGACCUAUCGGCUUCUCAAUUUUCUCCUGAUGGUCGCGUUUUCCAAGUGGAAUAUGCUGCAAAGGCUGUAGAAAAUUCUGGAACAGUAAUUGGCCUCCGAGGAAAAGACGGAGUGGUAUUUGCUGUUGAGAAGUUAAUCACAUCCAAACUGUAUGAACCUGGCGCAAACAAGAGGAUAUUCCAUAUUGAUGAACAUGUUGGCAUGGCUGUCGCAGGGCUCAUAUCAGAUGCAAGACAAAUUGUCGAGACUGCUCGUUCAGAGGCAUCAAACUACAGAUCUCAGUAUGGCAGUCCAGUACCACUGAAGUAUUUAAAUGAACGAGUUUCAAUGUACAUGCACGCAUACACACUAUACAGCGCUGUUCGGCCAUAUGGUUGCUCAGUCGUUAUGGGCACAUGGACAGACUAUGAAGGCCCUCAGAUGUAUAUGCUAGAUCCCAGUGGUGUAUCUUUUUCAUAUUUUGGUUGCGCAGUCGGAAAAGCCAAACAGGCAGCAAAAACAGAGAUAGAAAAGCUAAAACUUGGAGACCUCACAGUGAAGGAGCUUGUGAGAGAAGCCGCUAGAAUUAUCUAUCUUGUACAUGAUGAACUAAAAGAUAAGCAGUUUGAGCUGGAGUUGUCUUGGGUUUCGAAAGACACGAAGGGUCGCCAUGAGCUGGUUCCGCGUGAGCUCGCCACCGAAGCAGAGAACCAAGCUAAACAGGCUCUUGCUGAUAUUGAAGAUUCAGAUGAAGGAGAGAUGUGAACAUGAUUAAUCUUAGUUAUUAAAUUUCGUAUAGAAAU